GCAACUUAUCAAUAGAAAUGUUUGUCACCAGACAGUCUCACCUAAAUCUUACAGCUUCCAACGUUUUAUAUUGUCUAAAUUAUUUUUUUAAAGUUAAAUUUUUUACACUGGAAUUGCAUUUUUUUCUAUUUUUGUUGUUUGUUUUUCAUGUAAAGUAGAUUUUUACCUUGCCUUUCUACACAAAAAUGCCAUAAAUGUCUGAUUUGAUAGACAUCAUUAUUUCCAGUUGCUAUUCUAAAUUAUAUUUACAUAGUAUGGGAGCCGGUUGGGCCAAACGUGUUUUCACGAAUGUGUUCUGCAGCUAUUGUUCUUAAAGGAGACGCACCUUUAACGGACCUUGUCUCUGCCAAGUAAACGUGAGACUUACUAUAGCUUUAAGAGGCUACGACCAGUUAGUGGUUGCAAAAUAUCUUUAGUACAUUUUUUUACCUUAAAAUGUAGACACUAUCUAUAAACGUGUGUUGACGCGGAAGUUAUUUGCCUUAGCAGGCUAACAAUAGUUCCAUCCAGGUGGUAAUCUUGGUUUUAUCGUUUUAUAAUAUCAGGAAGAAUCGGUAUAAAAUUCAGCGGGGGGUGUGUCAGGUUAGCGGCUUCGACAUGGAGUCGGAUCAAAACCAGGUUUUAGUCUCUGCAACCAGAGCAGACGGGGACUCGGCGGAGGCCGCGGACACAUCCGCGGACUCAACUAACUGGACCGCUGACAGAAGUGGGAACAAUGGGAGCAUGGAACCUGCCCUGGACUCUCGCUCAUGCACCGUAGCUUACCAGCGUGUUUUAAGAGCCAGGGUAGCUAAAGCUGAAGUACCUAAGGACACCGAGAAUGCUACCCGCAGGGAAAGACCUGCAGGUCUGCCUGCUGUACGCAGAAGAGCUGCAGUGUCACGCUCCAGAAACGCACCUGUCACGCAAGGCCUUGAUGGACGUUUUACACUCCGCAAACUAGAGGCAAAGACGGAGGCUUCAGCAUGUGGAGAUGAAACAACAGCUCUGGAAGGAGAAAGCAAAAGCAAAAAAUGGAAUGAAUGUGCGAUGCAGCCUAUGGAAGACACAAAAGAGGAUUCUGAGAACGAUGAUGACGAAUCAUCCAGCACUGCUGCACAGAUGCAGGAUAAUGCUGCUGAUCUGCCUGAGUCAGUCAAGAAGAAAGGAAGACGGGGCAAAGGUGACAAAACGUCUGGAGACCCUAAACGAAGGAAAAAGCCGGCCGUGCAGUAUGUGCGCUGUGAGCUGGAGGGCUGUGGCGUUCUCUUCUCUUGUCCACGCUACUUAAAGCACCAUGUGAAGUACCAGCACUUGCUAAAAAAGAACUUUGUGUGCAAUGAACCGAGAUGUGGGCGAAUGUUUCGUCACCAGGAGCAGCUCUUGCGUCAUGCCAGGCGCCACAGUGAUCAAAGGGACUACAUCUGUGAGCAUUGUUCUCGGGCCUUUAAAAGCCCCCACAAUCUUGCUGUACAUAAAAUGAUUCACACGGGGGAGAAGCCCAUACAGUGUGAAAUCUGCGGCUACACCUGUCGACAGAGAUCCUCCCUGACCUGGCACAUGAAGAAGCAUGAUGCAGAAGCCUCUUACCAGUUUUCCUGCUCAAUUUGUGGCAAAAAAUUUGAGAAACAAUACUCUGUCAUCUCCCACAAGGCCAAGAGACACCCUGAGGUACUCAAAGCUAAAGAUGUAGCAGCUAAAGGGCUCUCAGCGAUAAGCAGUCUCACCCCAACCCCAGAGAAAGCCCCUGAUCCCCCCAAUCCUCAACAGGCUUCUGUCAGUCAAGAGGAAAAGGAAGCAUCAAGUGACAAACUUGAACCAUUGCAGCAGACGGAUGUACCUCAAGGAUUAAUUCUCACUCUGCAAACACAACCUGUUUUGCAGGUCUGGCAUCUUACCCCUUUCCCCCAACUUGACCUCUCCACUGCCAAUCAGCAGCAGUUCAUCCAACUCCCUGUCAACGCCAGCAGUCCAUCUGGGACUGCGGCCAACUUCGACAACACCUUCCCUACCAUAAGCUCAGUCACCUCCCUGGCUUCCCCACACACUGUGCAGUGGGAUGGAAAGAAGGAAGAAAGUGAUGGGGAGCAGGGAGAGGGAGAGCUGUGGGAGAAGGUGGUUGUGGGUGAGACACAUCAGGACGUUGGUAAAACGAAGUGGGAGACCAGUGGGGAGCUUAAUGUGAAGGAAGAGAAGAUUGAAUGGGAGCAAGAAGAAGAGAAACCAGUCGUGUUACAGGGUGGCAACCUUCAAUAAUUAAAUUAUUUUUUAUUUUAUAACUUCACUUUGUACAUGCUUUUAUUUUUAUAACCUCUGUAUAAUAGAUUAUAAAAAGGCAGAAAUAACAGUAUUUGUUUCUUGUUGAUGAUAUUGUCUAAAUCAGAGUUUUCCAACCUUUUUUUGGGCAACGGCAUAUACUAUCAUCAGGAAAAAACCCACGACACACCAACAAACAAAAAUCUCACAAAAAGUAUAUCUAAGUAAAUAUAAUAAUCUUCUAGUUUAAAUGAUCUCAUAAUAGACUAUAAUUGACUGAUUAUUUUAUUUUAGUUUUUAGGUUCUGCCACUUAGCAGAAGAGGAUUCAAUUGAUCUGCCUGUCAUGCAUUGAUGAACAAAGAAAGAAUAUUUGCAAUAAAUAAAUAAUAGUUUUGGGACCAAUUAAGUGACAUUGGCUAAU